AUGGCUAACCAUUCUAGAGAAUUUGAAGAUUUUGAUAAUUUUUAUGGUGUUUCUAUUAAUAGACUUACAUUUGAAUUUUUUGAACUUAUAUCAACUAAUAGUAUAUAUUUCGGAAUCUCUGAGAGAGAUGGAACUUCUCAGCAAUUGCUAGACGAAAAUUCGGAUUGUGAAGUUUAUAGCAUUAUAGACAUAAAAAAUAAUAGUCUACAAUUACCUGUUGUUUUUAAUGAAAAUGAGUCCUAUAAACUUACUAUACCUAAAUAUGAUUAUAAUUUGUUAGACAAUACAGAUGAGCAUACUAUUCGUAGAUUUAUGGAUUUUGUCUAUCAUGAAAAUUUGGAUGGAUAUUUAACUUAUGAUUCAAAUGAGGUUAAUAGUAUAGCAACGGGAAAAUGGGAUUCAAAUGAGGCUAAUAGUAUAACAAGGGGAAAAAAGGAUUCAAGUGAGGUUAAUAGUGUAGCAAAGGGAAAAAGGGUACAUUUUUCGAAAGAAGAUAUAGACCAUAAAAAAGGUAAAAUACCAGGGAAGUAUUAUAGAAAGGUACGUUUUACUAAAGAAGCCGUAGACUAUAAAAAAGGUAAAAAACCCGGGAAGUAUAAUUACGAGAUCUCUCAGGGGGCAGAGGAAAGAGUAGGAAAAACAAAAGAAAUUAGAGAGAAAGAUCGUCAGCUAGCUUUACAAAAAGGUUUGCAAGGGAAAAAAGUUAAAAUUAAUAAUGAAGUCCAAGUAAAAUUGCUAGUGAAGGAUAGUGUUGUAAGUGAGGAACCCCUGCAUAAGGGGAAAAAAAAUAUACCUAAAUCUAUUCUUAAGAAGUCUACGAAUGAUUACCCUAAACGAAGAGUAAGAGCCAUGCCGGCUCCUCAAGAGCCAAUUAAUAGUCCUCCCCCUCAAGAGCCAAUUAAUAGUCCUCCCCCUCAAGAGCCAAUUAAUAGUCCUCCCCAGCAUACGGGUGAAAAAAAUAUGCCUAAAUCUAUUCUUAAGAAGCCUACAGAUCAUUUUCCUAAAUAUAUUCUUAAUAAGUCUAUGGAUCAUCCUAAAUAUAUUCUUGAUAAGAAUAAAUCUCUUAUUAAGAAGUAUACGGAGCGUUAUCCUAAACCUAAUCUUAAGAAGUCUACGGAUCAUUAUCCUAAACGAAAACCAAGAAUGAUGCUCCCCACUGAAAAGCCAAUCCCUCCCCUACCCAAAAAACGAAAAGCAAUAGCCUUGCUGCCCACUGAAGAGCCAAUUAAUACUCCUAACCCUCCUAAGCGGCUAAGAGCAAUAGCCUUGCUGCCUCCUGAAGAGCCAAGUAAUGCUCCUACCCUACCUAAAGGAGGAGUAAGUGCCUUCCCGGCUCCUCAAGAGCCAAUUAAUAGUCCUGAACUAGCUAUAAAACCACCUAUUGAUACUUCAGCAUGGUUAGUACCUGAUGAUGAGGAUAUAUAUGGUUAUAGUGGAGAUGAAGAUAAUACUAAAAAUAAUAAUGGAGGUGCUGUUAAGGUUUCAGCUGCUCAAAAUAAUAGUGGAGCAGCUGUUGAGGUUUCAGCUGUGCAAGAAGUAGACUACCCCUUAGUACAACCUAUGCAAGACAGCCCUGGUUAUAUGCCUUAUUCAGAGGAGGCAGAAAGUCUCGCUAAUAAUGAUAACAAUAUGGAUUGA